CAGACAGGACUCUUGUAAGUGUGUGAGUGUAAAAAGCCGGGACAGUGUGUGGACAGUGUCCUCCUCAGCAGCUCCGUGUCUCGGCUUUGUGGUCGGCUCAGUUCGGGUUCAGAUGAUGGAUGAAGGCGGAGGUGAAGGAUCCAGAGUUUCUCCUCUGAAGAACUUCGUGGCUGGUGGAGUGGGAGGAGCGUGUCUUCUGCUGGCGGGUCACCCGCUGGACACCAUCAAGGUGAGACUUCAGACACAGCCCAAACCCUCCUGCACUCAGUAUGUCCUCUACACAGGAACGUACGACUGUUUCCGCAAGACAGUGUCCAAAGAGGGUCUUCUCGGCCUGUACAAAGGGAUGGGCGCUCCUCUGGUGGGCGUGGCUCCGAUGAUGGCCAUCAGUUUCUUCGGCUUUGGUCUGGGUAAACAGCUGCAGCACACGGAUCCUGGUCGACCACUAACACACUCUCAGGUCUUCCUCUCUGGAUGUCUGGCUGGAGUCUUCACCACAGUGAUCGUGGCUCCAGGAGAGAGAAUCAAAUGUCUGCUGCAGGUGCAGGCAAGCAGCGGUGGCUCGAGGUACGUGGGUCCACUGGACUGUGCUCUGCAGCUCUAUAAAGAGCAGGGACUGCGCAGCGUCUACAAAGGGACAGUGUUGACGCUUAUCAGAGACGUGCCCUCGAACGGUCUCUACUUCCUGACCUAUGAAUACCUCAAAAACCUCCUGACACCUGAGGGUCAAAGUGUGUCUCAGCUCAGCACUGCUAACAUCCUCCUGGCUGGUGGCGUCGCAGGGAUUUUGAACUGGACGAUUGCUCUUCCUCCGGACGUCCUCAAGUCCAACUUCCAGACAGCUGCAGACGGGAAGUACAGAGGUCUGGUGGAUGUGCUGAGAACUCUGCUACGUGAAGAAGGAGCUACAGCUCUGUAUAAAGGAUUCAACGCUGUUUUCCUCCGAGCGUUUCCUGCCAACGCGGCCUGUUUUCUGGGGUUCGAGGUGGCUUUAAAGGGACUAAACUUCCUCGCUCCCAGUUGGUGAAACAGUGGAGUUCCUGAUGAAGAGUCAGAAUCAGGUCUGAUAGGAACCACAUGUGUGUCUGUUUUCCAGAAUGUUCUCAGCUGUUGUUGUACAGAGACGCACAGUUAUGAACGUAUGAAGUGUUUAUUACUUUCUCUCAGGGCUGUGCUGUGAGCGCCCCCUGCUGCUAGAAUCUACUCAGUUUAAGUCUACGAUAUUUUUAAGAACAUGUUCAUGUCUUUAUCUCACUGUGAGACAGAUUUUUCUGUCCCACACCAAAGUCCAUGGAGAAAACCAGUGAUUUUAGCUGGCAUGGACACAGAGCUGCUGGUCCUUUGCUGCCUCGUAUGGUCACUUUGUGUCACUGAGGUCAAUCUGAAUGAAGUAUUUCUGUAAACUGGUGGUUUACAAACUUCAGUUUCCUCUUGUAUGUUUAUCCCACAGUGAGAUAAAUACGUGAACGCAUGACGUCGUAGCCUUAAACUGAAUUUAAUGGCUGAAUCUUUCAUAAGGCGGAUAAAGUCAGUUUUCAUGCGUGUCCACGCCGGCAGCUCAUAUCUGUUGUAACAUUGUUAUUCAUGUAAACGCACAAUUAUGAACGUGUGAUGUUCAUGAGCCGCUUUUUUAAGUGUUGAGCUUUUUGUUCAAUGUCACAGAGAAAAUCUAUCAUGGAUUUAAAUCUAUUUUAAUGGACAAAUGUGUUAAUAAAGUGUUUGAAUGAAA